ACGGAUCGCACCUUUACGAUCACAAUAACUAAACGCCGAUGAAAUCUGCAUAGAUCUUCAAACGCAUGGGCAACAGACGGCGACGGGAGGCGAGACGUAAUCAGAACGGAUGCCCUAUUCACGGAACAUUUUUCGUUUCGCACGAGUAUACCGACUACAGCGUCGUUCAAUCGCUCUACUACGAAGGACACGAAAUAGGAGCGCAUUCCAUUACGAAGCGGAUACCGUCGACGUUUUGGGGCCGAGCCUCCGCCAGGGAAUGGUCAGACGAGCUUGCUGACCAGCGAGUGAUCAUAGGAAACCUCGGACUAGUCUACAAUGCCGACGUCGUUGGUGUUCGCGCGCCGUAUCUACAGGUCGGAGGUGAGCCACAGUUUGAGAUGAUGGCCGCGAACAGGUUUAUGUACGACGCAUCGAUGACGACGCUUCAAAUGGACCCUCCCUUGUGGCCUUACACGCUCGACCACGGCACUGCACACAAAUGCCUCAUACCGCCAUGUCCGCUUGCAUCGUACUCGGGACUCUGGGAAGUUCCUAUAAUCAGUCUCUACGAUAAUGGACGGCUAUGCAAUCAGCUCGACCAAUGCUCAUCGCCACAGAAUAGAGACGAUGCUUUAAAGCUAUUAACUUCCAACUUCGACCGACAUUACAACACGAAUAAAGCACCCAUGCAGAUUAUACUACGUCCACGUUGGUUCUAUAAAAACCACUACAACUUGGAAGCUCUUCAAAUGUUCAUCGAGGACAUGUUGACCAACAAGCCGGACGUGUAUUUCGUCACAAUUCGACAGGCUCUCGAAUGGAUAAAAGAUCCGACGCCUGUUUCCCAGCUCAGCGGAUUCAAGCCGUGGCAAUGCACGUCACCCACUUAUAAGAUACCUCCCUGCAAAUUUGCUCUAACCUGUGGAUACCAGAAUGUGACUACUUGGCCGAACAGUCCAGCGCACAAGGGCGAGAGAUAUAUAUCAACGUGUGCUGAUACUUGCCCAGAAGUUUAUCCGUUCGUUGGUAAUCCAGAGGGCGCUCUAGGCGUGCCCUACUCGUACACGCGGCCAGAGUUUGGCAAGAGAGUAGCGAAUAAGAUGUCUGACAGGUUGUCAUGCCAACAACGCGAAUUGUCAUUCACUGCCAAAUCCGCCGGACGCCGCAGACGUGGCAAACAGGGUCAAGGUCAAGACGUAAGAUCGACCGACACAGAUCUGCCACAGUGUCAACCGGAGACAACUCCAUCAGCUCCAAAAUAUCCAGGAGGGAACUCCGGUAGAAAAACAAAUGGUCGCAAAACGCCCGAUCAACGCGGCAAUACGACGCCACGUCCGAAUAACACGAAUGGUCAAUCUGGUGGAGCAAAAACAGACCAAAAACCGACCUCAGGUGGAUCGGAAGGUCAAGCUAAUGGUGACCAGUCAAACCAAACGGAUCCGGGAACCUCGGAUCGUGUACAGGGACCAGAUGACCAAGGGGAUUCAUCUACGGGUGAUGCAGGACGGACAGGCAGCACUGAUAGCAAUGAGCAAGGUCGUGAUAGCAGUUGGGUUUCUUUGGAUCCGGGUAAUAUUCCUUUCGGUCCGGGAAGUAUUCAAGAUCAGAAUCCGGACCGACGUUUCAUGCUCGUAACAAACGUACAACCAGCUGCUAAUAUAACAAACAAUACUAGCAGUGGACAGAUUGAUCCUGGCAAUGAUAGACAAGGAGACCGUGGUAUUACUACCACAUAUACCGACGGCCAGGAUAGAGAAAGUAACGGCAAUUUAAAUGGAUUAACUAAUCGAGGUUCAAAUGGAGAUAACAGUCAAAAUGGGCGUAUCUCAGUUGAUCCAGAACAGAGCAACCCUGACCAGUAUGCUCGCAAUAGCAACUUGGUUUCACCGGAUGAAGGGAGUAUUCCUACUGGACCAGGAUACGCCCUGGACCAGACUCCAGAUAUACUUUUCAUACACGAUAGAGAUAUGUUAUCCAGUGUGCGUCCAACAGCCAAUUCAAUCGAACGAGGACAACGUGGGCAAAACGACCCCAAUGCUAAUAGAUUCGUCGAGCAAGUGCGUGAUGGGCAGGGCAAUGGUGCUUCCCUUACCGCUGCCAAUCAAGAGCAAACCUUUAACCAACAACGACGUAGAAGACCCGAUAAUUCGAGGAGUGUGCCGAGGCAGCGUAACGUCGAUAACACAUUAGAGGAAAGCAACCCUGUCAAGGAAACGCUAACGGAAGCAGAUGUAAGAGAUACAUCUCCACCCGGUGCCCCAGAGAUGCUGAACGAUAAGAUUUUCGCAGAUAGAAUUUCCAUGCUGUCGAGCAUUCGCAAUACUCAGAGGAACUCUCCAUUCUUAGCAAGCAGCAGGCGAGCAAGCAACCGAAAUAUACGACCACUAAAUCAAAAUUCGUCAAGCAAUGGUGACGGGGUGGUCAUUAGUGAGAGUUCAUCAAGACGACCUGACUCAAGCGAUAUCAAUAGCAGUAAAGAUAACUCACCACGAAACCGAGUAUCGACUAGAGAUAACAUUACAGGCAACAGACAAGACUCCUCCGGAACAGAAAUGCAAGAUUCACAAACAGACGACAGUGUUGAAAAUAAAGAUUCCGCAGGAAAAGUUGGCAGAGCAAGACCAUCGCCUGUUGCCGGUAGCAAAGACGUUAACGAAAACAUCAGGCACGCAGAAAUUGGAGAUUCAGUACGUUUAGUUUUCUUAGCGGAAGCCGGAGAUUCCAUCGAACAACACCAGAUGGCGUCCGCUUCUGCUGCGGAUAACGAAGGAAUGAGAGAUCCAUUCUCCGAUACAACAAGCAGCCUCAGUAGCAACCAGCAGCUUAUUAGUAACCAUAGAAACCUACAGGCACGGAGAAGGACACUCGAGAACAGACGCAAGUCGAUUAUAAGACGCAGAGGAGAAACAAGGAAAGCUGGCAGGGAUACAAAGAACAACGAGGGCAACGCUGCCUCUGAUAUAUCCACCGCAGAUUCCACUGAUAGCGGAGUUACUGUCGGUUGGCGACAGAUAGCGAGUGAGGUGCCACGACCUGACACCGACCGCCAACAAGCAGACAACAUCAGGGAGAGUGCAGCCGACAACAUCCGGGAUAGUGCAGCCGACAACAUCCGGGAUAGUGCAGCCGACAACAUCCGGGAUAGUGCAGCCGACAACAUCCGGGAUAGUGCAGCCGACAACAUCCGAGAUAGUGCAGCCGAGCGAAAACUCUUCCGUGCCAAUAUAGAAAGGGUCGCUUCAAACAAAGACCAAGCAUCGACUGAUCAACAACCUGCUACCGCCACAGUAACACCUACUAUUGACGAAGGUGUCAAUGCGGGGACAGUCGACUAUCCGUACAGCCCAGAGCAAGAGACACGUGACAGUCAGACGCCAGCGACGCGGAAACAAGUGAGCAACGGCAGACCAUUCGUCAUGGGAAAAAUCCGAAUGCUGAGCGAGGAGCAGAUGCAGCAGAUGCUUGCAGCACAUGACUCGUUGCUAGGCAACGGAGCAGCGGAUGGUACUGCAGCUGAGCGCGAAGAAGCGGUUACAGUGCGAUCUGCGCGUCUCCGUACGGCGUCUAUACAAAAUAGAAUUACCGACAAGAACACGUCGUCCACACGAACACAUCGCAUGCCAUCCUCGUCGAAUGACAGCACGACUCUGACUGCUAGAACAGGGCUGAAUAUCGUACCGAACCAAAGCGUCUCCCGCAAAUCCACACGUCGGAUAAUCGACACCAUGUCACGUGACGUCAGCGCACCAAUAGUGAAUCUAGAAGCUGUAAACGUGGGUUUUACGCUGGCGGAGAGCGGUGGGUACGCUAAUAGAAGGGGUUCGUCUGAUGUACAAGCUCCGCUAGUACACUGGGAAGCUAGUAUCUUGAACGGAGAAGACGGAGAAGCUUCAAGGUCAGAUCGCCAGGUCAAGUAACAAGGUCAAUUUGUUGCGGGAAGAAGGAACCGUUGAUGUUCAGCGUGGUAGUGCUGCAGUAACAGAAACAGCAAGUGUUUAGGGGACGCUUGUGAGGAAUGCAUGCGGCAUCAACGAUGUAAAUACAGGCACAGAACUCAAGGAUUCAUCCGAUUCAGAUUCAGUUUGGCAAUCGCAAAUGUCUGUACAUAAAAUCGGUUCAUAUAUUUUCAUCGCCAUGUAAACGUUAUAUACAUAUAUACUAAUAAGAUGGUAAUGUAAGAAUGAUAAUUUAUCAUAAUAGGGGUAUGUUUCACAUCGCUUACUAUUAUAUUCACCAAUAUUAUAAUUAAGCAUUAAAUAUUCGUAUAUAUUAUGAAGCAUUUA